GUAAUUGGCAUUGAAUUGUAAAAAGAUUAUCGUAUAUUUAAUAAUGAUUCAUUUGAAAGGUGCAGUUCAUAAGCUAGGUAAAUAGGUCAAUUUGUUACUUACAGUUCACAUUCUUCGUGCCAUUCAACUUGUUGUGCAGAUUUUUCUUUCACCGAUGUUUGAUAUUUCGUUUUUCCCAGGGCAAUAGUUACGAAGCAGUCGUACAACUUUCAAAUCAACAUUCAAUAUUUACCAGUCACUUGAACAUGGGUGGGCAUCCACAUCUUUGUCUCCUUACUAAUAAAUAAUUUAGAGAGAAUAUCCUACUUAAAUUAGUACUAUUUAAUGGCGAAAGAAUGUUGCAAAUUGCAAAGAUUUACCUAGCACACUCAGACGAGAUAACAAGUCAACAAGUAGAAAAUACGCAACCACAAACACUGAUUUGAAUAUAAUUUAAAAUUUUACUAAUUUACAACCAAUAUAAAUAUAAAAAACUACUUAAAACUAUUAUAUCUUUAAUCUGACACAUUUCUGUUUUCAAAUAACUGUGAUUAUUGUUAACGCAAUGACACUUCCUCGAAUUUAUCUAGCUUUGUUCGUUUAUUCAACUCUACUGUACUUCAGAGUAACACUCGCACAUGACACAUGACAAAUCAAAAAUCUCCAUAGCAUUUUUUAAAUGCAAAUAAAUAUUAAAUAGCAAAGUAGCUGACAAAUAAACUACCUCAAAUUCCGAAUAGUCAUUCUUUUCGCAUAAUUAUAAAUAAAAUAUGUUCCAAAAUAAAUCGGUUGCGUACGCACUACCACUCGCUGUCAAUGUCAACACUGUCACUGUCACUUUCGUCUGUCAUAACAAAAAAUUUAUAUCAAUUGGACCUUUUCCGAAAAGUACCAAGUGGAAACUUUAUAGAAAAUGCCUAAAAAAUUCGCAACGGAAAAUACAAAAGCGGUCGCGGCAAGGGACCGAAAGAAGCAGGCCAAAGAUGACGCAGCUGUUAAGAAACAAAAAGAAGUAGAGGAUGCGUAUUGGAAAGACGACGACAAGCAAGUGCAAAAGAAACAACAACGAAAGGAGGCUGAGGAGAAGAAGAAGCAAGAGGCGCUUCUACGUAAGGCAGAAGCGAAAGCCCUGCUGGAGAGAGAAAUGAGCGAAGCCUCCAAGAAAGCAGCAAAAUCAGCGCCACCUCCGAAAAUUACGAGAGCUCAAAUUAGCACUAAAACAACUCAAUCGGCCAAGCCUGAUAAAGAGGAGAAGAAAAUUGAAACUCAUUUGGAUGCUCCGUUAGUAGAAAACAUCAAUAGGCUACAAAUUGAAGGAGAGGAAGCUAGGACAGUAGAUGAAGCUCUCGUUAUAUUGGGUAAUAAGGAUGAUGCAGAUAAGCACCCUGAGAAGAGAAUGAAAGCUGCUUACACUGCCUAUGAAGAAAGAAGGCUUAAAGAACUCAAAGAGGAAAAUCCAAGUCUUAGAUUAUCUCAAUUGAAGCAAAUGAUUUUCAAAGAAUGGCAAAAAUCGCCGGAGAAUCCACUUAACCAGCAAUAACAGAUUUUUACUCGUUAUACACUUCUAACUUGUUAUAGAACUUGCCUCAGAUAAAUUUAAAAUUUACUGACCAUUUGUAAAAUCACGAAUGUUGUAUUGUUCUUGAAUUUUUUUAUAAAUAUUUAUUGAUAUCAUGAAGUUGUGACUGAGAAACAAAGAGUGAUUAGUAAAAACGAUACAUUAUUCUGUAUGUUUUAUUAAGAACUGAUAUGAACAUCAAAGUAGAAUAAUUUAUGGUCAUAUUGGCUCAAUAUACUGUAUAUUUCGCGAUUAAGGCUAUUUAAAUGAAAAUAAUGCGAAUAGUAUUAAAUUUUUAAUCACAUAGAAAUAUAUAUAAACGCACAAAACAUUAUUAUAAUACAAUUGUAUGUGUGUAUAUAUAUACGCAAUAUACAAGUAUAAAAUGUACGAUACUUAGAAAUUACAAAAAAUGAAAAAUAUGUUCGUCAACUUUUUAUUUAUAUUUUUUUCCUCAGGUACUAAAUAAAAUAUGAAUUGAUAAUUAGUGGUAAUAUUGCAUCAGUAUUGCAUACAAGACGGCUGUAUAUAAAAUACGAUUAUUUAGUAAACGACCAAUUUAAAAAUAUCUUAUUUGCAUCGUGAAUUGGCACAUAUUAUGGACAGAACGAGGACAACCCUCAAAAACGCCGAAAAAAUUAUUAGUAUCUGAUACGUUAAAUGGAAGUAUAAUAUUGGACAAAUUCCUUAAAACCUACGUUAUUACUUUAAAGCGUACUCGCCUGAGCAUCCUGUCAUUAUUUUCUAUAAAUCAUCGUCACCUAUACAUUCGAACGCGUGAUUUUCGAUGAACUCCCGCCCGUUUUUAAACGACACGCUGGAGAAUUUUUCUUGCAAUUUCUUUAUCGAAAACGACUCUUGAUAUUUCGGUUCCGGGACGUCGUCCACCUGAAAAUAAAAUCGAUUUAUAACAAUCUGCAGGGUCAUCGAUCACUGAUAAAGCCUGUCUAUUUUCUGACCUCGUUAUCUAUAUUUACAUUCUCAAUGGAUAUUCUAUGGCUGGAACCAUCUCGUUUCAUAUAAGACCAAUUAUUGCCUUUUACAUUAGGCGUCGUCCGUCUCUUGAUAUCGUUUUUCUUCAUGAGCAAUUCAUCGACGAGAGAUUGCAGGCAAACAGACAUCAGUAUUGCUUGUUCACUUGAUAUGGUUAUCCACUGUAAUUUAUCUUUCGACAUUAGAUAUUCGAAAGAUAAUUCUAAUGUUGAGCUCGAAUUCGAUCGGCUGUUAGCCGGCAUCUCUUGUUUAUUCUGAAAAAAAAAACAAACACGAAGAUUACAUUAAUGUUACGAUAAGGUCAUUUCGAAGCUUACGUGAGUGGCUGUGAUUCUCCAACAUCUCAUUCUAGUCACUUUAAAGCUACCUUCUUUGACGAAUUGACCGCUGCCGAUAAUUCUCAUGCUCAGCUCCUGAUCCCCGAUGGCAAUCAGGACUUUCGUUUGGGACUUGGGGUAAUCACAGUAACACGGCAAGAAUUGUAAAAAUCCGUAAUACUUCAGUUUUUGAGCGAAUUCAAUGUAUUCUUUCUUGGCCAAAGUCACUUGCAAAGCCGUCAGCUUAGAUUUGGCAUCUUUGUUGGCUAACACCCAGCCUUUUUCGAUUUCUGUUACGGCUUGUAUGUACAAUAAAUUUAGCGAUACUGGAUCGUUCAUUAGUUCAAAGUCGUAAGCCGAAUCCCAAUAACUGCAAACAAUAAUUCUAGUAACUGGAUAAAUGCGUUAUUCAAUGAAUAUACCUCUUUCUCAAUAAAAUUUUGUUGGCAUCCUUCAGAGAUUUGUGAGACAUAUAAGGCGACUCGAAAUCCAAUAAUUUCCGUAAAAUAAUUAUUUCUCCACUAUUAUCUUUUUUAACUAGGUACAAAGAGAAAUAUUGCAAAUAUUCUAAUGGUAAGUUGAUAUAUUUGAAGGCUUUUGCAAGUACCUGUUCAGUCCUAUCAUAGGUCGAUACCCAUACGGGUAUUUGAUAAUUGUUCAUAGUGUAAAUGUCUAAUGUUAUGUCUUGUUUUUUCUCACAUGUUGUCUCUUGCUGUGCCGAGAGUAGGAAACCUACUAUUAACUCGGAUGACACAAGUUUCAAAUCCUGACC